AUGUCUCUCAAACUAGAGAACAAGAAGAGGCCACGCACAGAGAUAGGCAGCAUCAGCCCUCCCCCACUGCGACGCAAACGCCACGCCGAUGCAUCUGAGGAAGUCGUUGAACACCACCAACCCAAAUCCAAAGACGAUGAUGCUUUUCAAAUAUUUAGCUGGAAUGUGAAUAGUAUUACACAUCUUCUACCGAAGACACAGAGAUCCAUCAAAUCGUUCUUUGCGCCACCUUCGCCACAAGGAGAGGGGCAAGAUGAGGAUGGAGGUUCGAAGUCCGUCUCCCUGAGGGACUUUUUGAAGAGACAUCGCUGGCCUCAAUAUGUUGGCUUGCAGGAAGUAAAGAUUUCUCCGAAGGACGAAAUUACGAAGCGGACCGUAGAGAAAGCAGCGAAUGGUGAUGAAGGCCCCGCAUACAGGGCAUAUUUUGCACUUCCAAGGGACCGGUACAAUGCAACAGGUUGGGGCGGAAAGGUAUACGGCGUUUGCACUCUACUCCGUCAUGAUCUCGCAAGCUUGUCUGGACAAAAGACAAAAGAGGUGGAUUGGGAUCUUGAAGGCCGAGUCCUUGUCACCGAGUUGCCCUCUCUUGAGAUGAAGCUAGUCAUCAUCAAUGGUUACUGGGUUAAUGGAACCACGAAUCCAUACCGCAGUCCAGAAACUGGACAAGUGUUUGGCACACGACAUGAUCGCAAGAGGCAAUUUCACUCGUUAAUGCUAGAAGAGGUCAAAUCCUACCAAGCGAAAGGCUGGGAAGUUGUCCUUGUAGGGGAUAUGAACAUCGCUCGUACACCACUCGAUGGAUGUCCUGGGAUUCGACUUGGACUUGAACAUGUCAAGAACCGGGUAGAUUUCAAUCACAAGUUCUUCGACGACGAAAAUGGGAUGCAUGCUAUUGACUCUUGGCGCUGGAUUCAUGGAAACAAGAGGGGCUACAGCUACCAUGGUGAAAAGGCUGAGGACUGGGGAUCCUCGUGCGAUAGAGUUGACCUAGGGAUGGUAACUCGAGGAAUCGUCGAUAGGAAAGCUUUGGUCGGAGCUGAGAUUUAUGAAAGUGUAUUGGACCGAGGAGGAAGUGAUCAUGUUCCAAUAUCACUAGUUCUCUCGACGAAAGUCAUCAUGACUGCUCUGAGUACUUCCGUUGAUGUGGGUUGA